ACAUCAGCUGUCACCCAGGUGUGGCUGCGCUCAGGGUUUAAGCACUGUUGGGUCCCACUCGUGUGGGAAGCGCGUGGGGUCUCUGUGGGAUCGUGCGACCUUUUAUCGGCUCUGUUGCCACUAGGUGACACUCUUGGUCCAGCGUGCUUGGUGGCAUCCAGAUGUUCAUGGCCUCUCUGGAGCGGAGGAAGGUGGACUCGGACAUGGACAUGGACAUGGACGUCCCUUUGUGGGUGAGGAGGGGACACCAGCGCCUUGGCUGAAAACCACUGGGCUCUUCCAAGGGUGUUUGCAUUGUGCAUUCCCCAAGCAGGGGAAACCUUGGAUCCCACCGGUGCCAGGACGCCCGGUGUGGUUGUGUCCUCAGAAACAAUCAGACGAUGCUCAGAGCCUGAGCUGAGCCCUGGGAAAGGUCCCACUGGCUCAGGAGGGGACAGAGGCUCUUACUGUCCCUCUCCAAGCCCUGGGGACUCUGCGUGAGUCUGGAGAGCAGCAGUUUGGGUGGGGAAGCAGGACAGGGUUUGUGUUAAGGCAGCAAUUGCCAUGGCAAAGGGAACGGGCUGAAAAAGAGGUCCUGUGUGUUAAGAUAAUGUUUUUUUAGGCUGUGAAGUGUUGUCCCAGGGAUGGGAGCUUUGCAGAGACGUGGAGAACCCCACAGUGUCACCAGCCACCAUCAUGUGGUCCUUUUAUUGGUGUGCAGUGGAAACAGCAGCUGGACUUAGCAGGGUGACUGUCCCUGUGAACACCAGGAGCUGCAGUUCAAGAUGUUUGGAGCAGGAUGUCUCCACCUCCUCUCUACACAAAGGAAAAACCAAUAUUUUAAAGGUAGCAAGUCAGGCUCUGCCCAAAAUCAGCCCUAUGGGGCCAUCCCAGUUAAAGGGUGGGAUGAGAUGUUGGGAGUGGAUUGCACACUGGAGGCCACUGCGUUAAGCACUGGACUGGCUGGAUGUCCUCACCGAGGUCUAUUAGCCUCCAGCUUUACUAAACCUGCUCACCAGCCCCUUCUUUGUGCUGUUGACACUGGGGUGGCCGUUGACAACCUGGUUUUGCUUUCCCUGCUAGUGGAACUGGAGAGCAGAGCUGGUGGAAACCCCAAUCCCUGCAGAUGUGUCCAGAGGCGCAGCACAGGGAGCACAGACAGGCCAGGAGAGCUGCUGGAGCAGAGAAGCUUUUGCAGGGACCGCGGUAGGAUUUGGACCUCAUUUUAAGGCAGUUUUUUCUAAACACAUAUUGCUUCGAUCAAUUCAGAUUUAUUUCCCCAGCCAAUAGAUCCAAACCAAAUGUACAAAACCUCCCACAGACCGGCCUGUGGAGGACACACUUCUGAUCCAGUCUCCUUGCCUGCACUGGUGUGGCCAGCAGGAUCAGGGCAGUGACCGUCCCUGUGCUGGGCACUGGGGAGGCCAAACCUCGAGUCCUGGGGGCAGUUUUGGGUGCCAAGAAAGCCUUUGAGGUGCUGGAGCGAGUGGAGAGAAGGGAACGGAGCUGGUGAGGGGCUGGAGCACAAGUGUGAUGGAGCAGCUGAGGGACCUGGGGGGUUCAGCUGGAGAACAGGAGCUGAGGGGAGACCUUCUGACCUCUGAACUGCCUGAAAGGAGCUUGGAGCCAGGGGGGUUGGGCUCUGCUCCCCAGGAACAAGCGCCAGGAGCAGAGGAAACGGCCUCAAGUUGCGCCAGGGGAGGGUGAGGUUGGAUGUGGGAACAAUUUCUUCCCCAAAGGGCUAUGGGGCAUUGGAACAGGCUGCCCAGGGCAGUGCUGGAGUCACCAUCCCUGGAGGGUUGGACAGACGGACAUGAGGUUCUCAGGACACGGGGCAGUGCCAGGGGUGGGGAACAGUUGGACUCAGUUAUCUUGAGGGUCUUUUCCAACCAAAAUGAUUCUGUGAUUGUAAAAGCUCUGGAGACAAACCGAGGUGCCCCUGGCUGGGUGCAGCGGGGCUGAGGACGCUCAGCUUUGUGCUGUGCCGUGACUUCCUCGCCGAGCACCAGCUGGGAUCGGUCUGUGCAGCCGCGUUGUGUUUUCCCAGCUGGGGCGGCUGCCACGGGGGGCGCUCAGGGUGGUUUUUCUUGCUGGUUCCCAGCACAGAUGGGACGAGGAAGCGAGGGUUUCCUGGUACAAGCGCUUUUCUAAAGAAACCUCCUGCUGCGAUCAGAGCCUCGCGUGUGUGCGCUGUGCCCUGGGUCCCCGCCAGGACGAGUGACGCAGAGGUGGCCGGGGGGUUAGAGCAUCCCAGGAGAGGGUCCUGGGGAAGCGGAGGGCGGGCAGACGCUGUGUACAGACUCCCAGGAGAGCUUGUCCUGGUACCAGUGAUGGCAGCCGCUUCCCAGGGAGCAGUUUUGGAGGUGCAGAGAUCAGGGGGGGCCAUGGGUGUGUGUGUCCAUGUGCAGGGGAGAGCUCUGCUUCGCAUCUCCCCCAUCCUGUGCUCAGACACCCAAACUGCCCGUUCAGCCGCUGAAAACAGCACGAUGAAGUUGUGGAGAAGGUGAUGAGAAAAGCGAAUCUUGGUAAAGUGACAGAUUUCUGUCCUGGGGUGGGUGACACUGGGGGUGCAGCGGGACGGGGCCGUGGGGUGUGUGACGUGCACAGCUGGAGCUUGUGCGCACAUCUGCAGCAGCAUCGUCCCUGGGGGGCCUGUUAGCGAAGGCUUCGGCGGCAGCGUGGGGAGGGAAGGGACACGUCUGGCCCUGUGACCGCAGCGCAGGGACCGGGGGACAGCGGGGACACACACAUGGCUCCGGUUUGUGCUGGAGUCAGUGUCAGCGGCUCUGGUCUCCCCCAGCAGAUUCGCAGACGUUUGUUGGAAGAAAAAACAAACAACAAAACAAACAAACCAUUUUGGCAGCUGGGCAAUUCAAAAAAUAUAAAUCCAGCUCGGCCAAGUGCCCCAAGAUACUGGCUGUGACACUGGGAGGCGGUGGCGUGGGACACAGAGCAGCACUCACAGAUUCACAAGCGUCUCCUGAGCGGGAUGGGAUGUAGAAGCCGCCAGGACCCACUGGCUUCUCUGACCUGUUGCCUCCCACUUGCCAAAGGGCCGGUUGCCACAGGGUCCUUGGCUGCACCGAGGGAUCCCCAACAACCCUGGGUGGAAUUCUGCUUGUGCCCUCCGUCCCUGGCCACAGAUUGCUGGACAGUCAGCCAGCAAGUCCUUUCCGUGCCGCUGGCUGCUCGCUGAGCAGGCGGCCGUGGCUGUGGCAGGCGGGUUUUGUUCCUUUUUCUUUGGCUUUGCGAAAUUUUGCUUUUUAGCGACUGGUGGAUGGAACCAGCGCUGCUGGGUCACUGCCCACCUGCCGGGCGAACGCGGGAGGGGAGGCAGAGCUGGAGGUCACUUUAAGGCAGAAAAGGCAACUGUCUGGCUGCCACUUUGUGGAGUUUCCAGCAGAUCCCUGUUUUCAUUAGCAUUUCAUUUCAUCUCCUCCUCUCUCCCCGCUCCCAACCCCACCUCUUCCGAAUCAGCAUUUCUGCAUCCUUCUCUGUGCAUCGCAGCGUGGCAGGUGAAAGUCUGGCUGGCGCCUGCACACACACACACACACACACACACACACACACUCACACCCCUGCACACACCUCUGCUCGGGGACAGACGCCUUGCCGUGAUCCUGAGUGUUGCAUCUUCCUCCUCAUGGGCGACCUGGGCUGGGAGCAUCCCCGGACUCGCCUCGGGGCUGCUCCACCGCUCCUGCGGCAGAGCUGAGCUCAGUGGGGCACAGGGCUCUGCAGAGGGGAGCCUGGCUGGGGAACAGCUGAGUUCUGGGGGUCCAGAGCAUCCCCAGCAUCUGGAGUAUCAGGGAUCCAGAGCAUCCCCAGCAUCUGGAGCAUCCUGAGGUCCAGAGCAUCCUAGGGUCCAGAUUCCAUGCUGCAGCACAUCCAAAGCAUCGGAGCAUGAAGAGCAUCCCUGGCAUCUCGAGCAUCCCGGAAUCCAGAGCAUCCCAAGCCUCUCCGGUGUCCGGAGCAUCCAGCAGCAGCAUCCAGGGACAUCUCAGCCGAGGGGGAUUUGCAGAGACGAGGAUAUUCCUGGCUGUGAGUACCGAGGAGGAGAACCUCGCUCCUGCUGAUCAGCUCCUGGGAAUGUCACUCUGCCCUGAUUGCCAGUGAAGUGAGAGGGGGGUGGAAGCGAGGGAGAGGAGGAGGAGAGGAGGAAGGAGGACGGAUACAGAGUGGAGGCAGCGAGGUGGCACUUCAUCCCCCAGGGCUGGCUCAGCGAUGAUCACCUAGCGCAGGUCACGGCUGGAGAAGGUCCCCCCAGCGCUGCUCCUCAUGGAGGGCGAUUCGGGGUCCCCCAACGCCAGCAUGCUGGGGGAGCGCUCGCUGCUAGUGGGGAGCAGCUGGGUGGCCGCUUUCCUCUGCUUCAUCAUCCUGCUGACCGCAGCGGGGAACUUCCUCCUCAUCCUCCUCAUCGUCACCCAGCGCUCCCUGCGGAACACCUCCAACUACUUCCUGGUGUCCCUCUUCAUGUCCGACCUGAUGGUGGGGCUGGUGGUGAUGCCCCCGGCCAUGCUCAACCAGCUCUACGGCCGUUGGGUGCUGCACGGUGACUUCUGCUCCCUCUGGUCCUCCUUCGAUGUCAUGUGCUGCAGCGCUUCCAUCCUCAACCUCUGCAUCAUCAGCCUGGACCGCUACCUGCUCAUCAUCUCCCCGCUCAAGUACAAGCUGCGCAUGACGUCCUGCCGAGCCCUCGGGCUCAUCCUGGCCACCUGGACCUUGGCCGCACUUGCCUCCUUCCUCCCCAUCAAGAUGGGCUGGCACAAGCUGGACUUUGAGGUCCACACCCCAAAUGUCACCUCCCGGGGGGACGAGGACCAGUGUCGGCUGCUGGUCAGCUUGCCCUACGCCUUGGUGGCCUCCUGCCUCACCUUCUUCCUCCCGUCCGCCGCCAUCUCCUUCACCUACUGCCGCAUCCUCCUGGCGGCCCGCAAGCAAGCGGUGCAGGUGGCUUCUUUUGCCUCCAACGUGGCCACCGCCGACGAGACCGCGCCGCAGGUCCCCCAGACCCCGACCCAGCCCCCGGGGGGCAGCGAGAGCAGGAGAUUCGCCAACAAGCACAGCAAGAAGGCGCUAAAGGCCAGCCUGACGCUGGGCAUCCUCCUGGGCAUGUUCUUCGUGGCUUGGCUGCCCUUCUUCGUCACCAACGUGACGCAGGCCGCCUGCGGCUGCGUCCCCGCUGGCUUCUUUGACGUGCUCACCUGGCUGGGUUACUGCAACAGCACCAUGAACCCCAUCAUCUACCCACUCUUCAUGCGGGACUUCAAGCGGGCCAUGGGCAGGUACCUGCCGUGCUGCCGGCGCGCGGGGGAGCCCCAGCCCAGCGCCAUCUCCCUCUCCAUGAGGAACUCCAACAGUGGACCCCGCGCCCCCACCUCCCUCAAGAACGUCCUCACCUUGCCGGCCGAGACCGACUCGCUUGACUCCGGGGCGCUGGGGAAUGAACACAACGUGCUGACGGCCGAAAACGACCCCCGGGCUCACCCGGCCCGCGGCGCACGCUUGGUCAACCUCUUCGACGUGGAGCCCCCGGAUGCGGAGCUGCAGCCCCGGCAGCUUGGGACCCCCGUGGCCUGAGCCGGGAGACCCCCACGGGGGGUGACGAGACCUCUGUGUGCUGGGGAGGGUGUCCCCAGCCCUAAAUUUGGCACUGGACAUCGCCCGGCCCAUGCAGAGCUCCUUGAUACCCUCUGCAAAUGCAAUGUGAGUCUCCGUGGAGAAGACGUCGUCACCAAGCGCUUCUGUGGGUGGGUUUAAACACUGCAAAGCCACGUUUUACUGCUGAAUUAAUCUGCCUCGCUUCUCUCUCUCUCCAUCCCUCCUUUGCUCACUGUCGCCAAUCCCUCCUGCUUCUCCAAGAGCUGCUUCUUGCUGCCUUUUCACCUCUGCUUAGUCUGAAUCUCGGAUUCCAGACUCUAUCUCCCUGAACUCAAACCCAGGUUUGGUUUGCAGCUCCCACAGCUCCACAGGUCACCUCCGUCUCACCAAAAGCACCAAAAGCAGCACUUGGAACCACAUCCAGGACUCACAGCCCACGGUUUGGGGCUGCUUCGGUCCACAGAACAUCCCGUCUUUUCCAAGUUUAAUUUCCUAGCCUGAUCCGGGCUGUAUUUAUCUCGGUUUCUUGCAGAAACAGUGAGUUCCACAGUGAAAACAUCAUGUUUGAUCAUGAGCAGCCUGCGCUACGGGGGGUUAAAUUGGAUGCAAAAUGUUCGGCGGCUGUUUUUUGGCUAUUCAGCGAGGGUGUGGGUGUUCGGCUUGUUUGUGGCCCACUGGGUAUCCUGGCAGGAGGAAGCAACGAGAUAAGUUUCCCUUUAGAUUUCAUCCUACACCUUCCUAUUUUUGGCACAUGACCAUCAUACUUUGCUCUGACAAUCCAUCAAUUUUUAGAUGAUGCAGUUAGAAAAUAUACUUUAUUUCCCCUUCAAAUAAGAAUCUAAACAAAUAUGGCCUUUUAAAGGACAACGCCACCCCUUCAACCCUCCUCAUAGCCAUUAGCAGAGAGAAUACGGGAAGUGGGCACUUAAAAAUAAUGAAACAACAAAUGCUUUGGGCAAAUUCUCCCUCAAGUGCCUUUUGGGUGCAGAGAUGAGCUGGGAGGUGCUUGUUGGGCCCCCCGGCACUCACACUCCACAAGCCUUGCUGCCGGUUUCCGAGCUCACACUAACGAGUUUGUGCUCCUGAAGCUCUCAGUUAUACAGACACCUGAGCACAAAGCAUCCCAGUUUGUGCCAGGAGGGUUGUGCCGCCGCUUCCUGAGGAGAAACGCUGAUUUGGGCAGGAAUCGGCCAUUUCUCAUCUGUGGGAGAUGCUGUGGGCGGCUGCUUCACAAGCUCUGACGCAGUGAUGCUCCGGUGCCACGGUCCAGCCGCUCCGGAGGGGCUGGAAACGGCAGCUCCAGCUCUGCCGGCUCCACCGACGCUCGUUGGGGGAUCCCAGCGCGACGGACGGUGCUCUGAAAGCAGUUUUACUGCUGGCCGAGCAUCUCUGCCCAACACAACGAGCUCUAAUUUGCUCCUGCCUGUUUGUUGCCGUCCCCGCCGUGUGAACAGUCUGGGCAAGGGAGGGAGGUUUCUCCCAAGGGAGAGCUGGAGGAAUCCCGGUGGUUCCCGCCAGGCGCAUCCUCCUCUCGUGUGAUGUUUUCCGCUGCCCGCUGGGAUUUCUUGGCCAGAGGGGAGAAAAAACUGCCACGGCCCUUCUCAUCCAGCCGACACUCCUUGGUUUUGACGCCCACAGCUCUUAAGAUCGUGUCCAUUUGCUUCAUGUAGUCCAGGUGGCCGUUUACCUGCGAACAACAAGAGUCAUUUAGUGAGGGACCUGUGGGGAGCUUCAUCUCAAAAGCCAGUGCUGCUGUGAGACUUGGUUUUAGCUCCGAAAAGCUGAAAGAACGAGUGCUGGAAAAGGCAGCUGUCCACUGAAUGACCCCAACCGGCUGUCACCUUGGUGGCACACGCUGCUGGGUCGCUUCUCCUCUGACAGACGCACGUUUAAAUGCUUGGACAUUGCUGAUCCGCGGUGCCGUGCGGGUAUGAGGAGCCGAUCUGCCACGGUGAGAGACACUCAGGGAGAAGUUCUCCAGCCUGCAGACAGCUGUAAACGUGAUGAAGCCUACAGUACCAAUGUUGCUGACAUAAAUAUUGACUGUGAAGCUCCCUGGAGUGCUGCUGAUUUAUAGGUACUGUAUAAAUACUUGGUUUCAAUGACAAAGCUAGGAAGAAUUGGUUCCCACUCUAAAGUAAUGCCAUAAGUCACCGUGACAGUUUCAGGGUAGAUUAUAGCGUGAUGAGAGAAGGUGGUGUGACCUUUGGAAAUAAGUAACCUCUUCUGAACUUGGCAACAGCCUAAAACUUGAGCACCUAAACACCGCUACACUCUGUAGAGUAGAUUUAAGAUGUAUGCAAGUGUUAUUUAUACUCAGCAGGUGAGAUGCACCCGCACAGGUCACCAUUUCUGGCUGCUCCUGUCCGCUCCAAAAUGGUCUAUGCUACAAGUUGUAAAUGUACGCAGAGCUCUGCAAACUCUUGGUGUCACAUCCCCGCUACUCAGGCGUGGGUUCUUUCCAAAGCUGAGCGAGUCUGACUGAUUUGGUUAAGGUUUCUCAGUAGGAAUUUGUGACCCUGUGAUGAAAUGGGAGGGGACAGCUCUGACAUCUGGCUGUCACUCUCCAGGUCCUUUCAGGCUUCGAAGCUGAAGGAGACAAGCGACAGUGGACUGAAGCUCAACAAAUUGGGCCCAAAUGUGAUCUUGCAGUUUUAUUUAAUGUAAUUCAUCUGACCUAAACAUAGUCACUCCUAAAGUGACAGAAUGGGGCCACAAUUUGUAUGAGCGAGAGAGCAGAGGAAGCAGAAUCAGGUGGGGUCUUACCAGGGAAUGUUUGUAUAAUCCUGUCCUAUAAUCCUCCGUAUCUCUCAGUUACCUCCUUCAGCUGCCCCUCACGCUAACUGAACAACCCUCAAAUUCAGCAUCUGAGGGCAAAGCAGAGAACCAGCCUACUGGAAAAUUUUGUGAGAGUCUCGUCACCUGCUUCUUCCUGCAACAAGACACAAUUUCUACAUCAUUUUUCAUUCAGUGUUCAAGACUUGGACUUGUCAAAGCAGAGACUAACCAAAUUAUUGCACACCCAGAGGUACAAACACACAUACUGUUUUAUUCCAACAGCACAUGCAGGCUUUGAAACUAUAACAAGAUCUUUUUUUUUAUAUAUAUAUAUAUAUUAUAUGAAAUGAAUACGCUGAGCGUUUUGCAGUGAAAUUGAUGUUUGUAUAACACAAGGAGGAACAAUAUUUGCCAGGGCACAUUCAGUUAUAUGCCACAAUUGCUGUCAUUUAUGGCUUCUUGGAGGAACACAGAAGCACUCCCAAGGAGGCAGCAAUUGCUUUUUCCUUAUGUCACAUAAAUAAAUACUGUAACUGGUGAGCACAUGCAGAAUCCAUAAAACCUCCCGCGAUUCAAAAAACAACAAUUUUCAGUCUAACUGACAGAUGGGAUUAAUAAUUUGUUGUUUGAACUUGAAUGCUUUUAAUUCUUUUAAUUAGUUCUUCUUCGCAAAUUAAGUACUGUGUUAGAUGUAUGAUACUUCCCCAUCUGAUACCUAUAGAUGUGUGCAUGGAAGGCACUGACACCAUUUUCAGCUGUCCCCGACCCAAGGGCUCGCAGCUUUACAAGCUGACUUGACUUGCAGUUACAUGUUCUUUGCCAAUCUUCUUGCCCGGUUAUUUCUCAAUUUAUUUUCCCAUGCUCUUAGUCUUCCCCGCUUCAUUCCUUCCUUUUAAUUUCCCCUCUUCUAGUUGUGCUGGUGAGCAGUGUUCUUGUCACAAUUACCUUCCAACUAAGUCAUUAGAUUUGAUUCUGUUCCAUGAAUUCUUUACAGCUUUGGGAAGAUUGCUUCAGCUGGUUCUUGCCUCUGAAUCUCCCUCUUCUCACCCAGCAGCUCUCACAACUCUGCAGCUGUCUGCACAGUUUUGAAAGGCUGGUAUCUGGUUUCAAGGUAACCCUUCUAUUCUUUCACAUCUUUAUUAAAUUCGCUGCAGCUGCUCUAGCUAUACCUCCUGUGUAAGUAAAAUAGCUUGUUCACGUGGACUAUCUUGACUAGAAAGUCUUACUGAUAUAAAAACUCCUCAAUUUGCUUGAGCUCCUUCCCUUCCAUUGCAAUUUUUACAUCUUGUUCCCCAUAAGCAGUCCCUAAUGAAUCAUAUCUCAAAGCUUUGAUAGAUCUUAAUCCACAUUCUUUAACUGUCAGUGAACUUGAUGGCUGUAUUUAUAGUCCUUUACACAAAUCUGAGCUUUAAAGGGACCUUAGAAUAUGUCAGAUUAUGCACACAAGCACACUGACCCAGCUUUGAGCUGCUGAGGUGAUAUAACCCUGCCACAGCAUGAACAGGACCUAUGUAUUGAGCACCUCAGGCUUCCAGUGUAACUGUUAAUGUCAAACAGCUGAGAGCUGGAGCCAGAACAGCCUUCAAGUGUCUCAUGAAAACUCUCAUCUCCAGUUAAUCCAAGGGAGAGAUCUCUGGAGGGAAGAGGCUCUGGUGCUGCUGAAUCAACAUACUCACCAGCUGAACAAAUAUUCACUUACAAAAUGCUCAAAAGGGAUAAAAAUCAUUUCAAAGUGACACUAGCACCGUGAAGCGGAGGACUGAGCACGUACAGACCUGCAGUAGCCGUUUAUGAUCCUGCCCGACACCACUUUUGUGAUGGCUUUCCAGUACUUGGCUUCUCCUUCCACUGGAGCUCCCAGUAAGAUCACAUCCUCAAUGAUCCCUUGAGAGUCUGUUGAGAGGAAAAAAGCAGAACAGCUCAGAUUUAGAGAAUAUUUCAGAGGGAGAACCGACCCGGCCCCUGUCCAGAAAGAUGCAGUUCAAGCAGCAAACCUGUGGGAAGUUCUUUCCACAGACCUGGGUCUGGGUUUGCACGGAGCUGAACUGUUACGCUUUGAAACGGGGGAAAGGGACCGACAUUCCUUAUAGUGCAAAUGUUGUCGUAUAUUAAGCACGAUAAGCUCUUGCCACGUUCCUUAGAGCUGAGUUAGUGAAAAACGUGACCUGCACACACAGCAGAAAACACCCAAGUUCUUAAUAUUGAUUGGGAACUAGCAACAAUGAAGGCGUUUGCCAACACAAAGUGAUAAUAUAUCAAACUGGUUUGAUUUUCUUGAAGGGUUCUUUAACACGAAUGCCCAGGGCACGACUUGCUGAAAAAGAAUGUUGAAUUUUAUGCGUAAUAAAUCUUCCUCUCUUAUCAGACAGCUGCAGCUGGGGAAUUUCAGUAGAAAUAAUUAUGGAAUGAGAAAUACUGGGCAGCUCUGCUACUUUCCUAAACUCCUAAACAAUAUAUUAGUAUCUAUUAAUAAAUCCUCUUGGUAAAGAGAGAUCAAGCAGCUGAUGCCAAAGCAGUUAGAUGGAAUUCACAGCAGUGCACGUCUUGGGAAGUUCAUGGGUAUAACCUGCCAAAUCCAAACUCUCCGCCGGUGGGAGAGCAGCGUUCACGAGAUGUGAGCUCAACCAUCCUGUAAAAUAACGUGCUAAAGUUUAAGGGGAGGCAGAAGUGAGAAUAACUGCAUAUCGCAUCAAGUUAUGAUGGAGAGGUGCUGCCUGGCUUGACUUUUUAAACGUAAAUCAAUUGGUUUCCUUUCCCUUAUAGCAGUAAAAGACUCGGAGCUGCCUGCAGUGCCUGCGUCUUUCUCAGCGGUGUAAAUCCCAGCGCCUGACAACAAUCCAAAAGAGUUCUCGUGGUCUUAGUUCUUAUUGCGAAGCAAAUUUUGCACCAAUCAAGCAAAGAGCAAUUCAAUUUUGUCAGUGUGAUCCAUGAGCAAUAAAGUCCUGUUCCCAUCAUCAUGAGCAAUGAAAAACAAAACCCAGAGCCUCGCGAACGGGGAGCUCCUUCCAACCAAGGUACUAAAUUCCACGGCCACAGUGUGAGCCAACUGAAUAAACAAACAGCUAAUUCAUCAGGAUCCUGGAUGUUUGGGCAAGGUAUUGGAAGCUUUUGUGUCUCUGGUCCUUUGUACAGCUUAUUUCUUGCUCAGAACAAAAAUGUUCAGCCUCAGCUGAAAAAUACUUGUUUUCUCCCGGUGUUGACAGAGGAGGAUGGAAACCCUACAAAUGUAUUUCACAGUUUGCAAAUCUUUUAUGUGUGGGCAGAAUUUAAAACUGAGAUGAUUUGUCCCUGGGCACAGAGGAAAGCACCUCAUCACAUUAGUCCUCACUGGAAAAGGGUGAGAUUUAGGUCCCUCUGGCCAUCGUACAGAUCCAGUGCCACGGACAGUGUUUCAUGGCAGAGGUUGGCAGCGGUAUUCCCAGUACCCAACCCCAGGAGAACUGGUGAUACUGGUCACACAUGCGAUUCUGUCAGACACCGUGAUCAGUAUUAGAUAAAUAUCUCACCUCGCUCCUAUCGCACGUGGUUUGGCUUCAAGCUUCAGGUUCAGACUGUUAUCAAUUUUUAUUGGUUUACACUUCUUAUUUAUUAAAACGUAUGGGAAUUGUGAUGGAAAAAAAUCAGACCAAUGAUCUUCCUUGUGGGUCCCUUCCAACUCAGGACAUUUUGUGAUUCUUCCCAUGUCGUAACUUGUCUCUGACGGGUCAUUACUACAUCUUCUGCUAUAAUUUCAUUUUCUGGAAAGCUACUAAGCUCUGGCUUCCAAAGUCAUUUGUGAUGAAGUAUCCCAAAGGUUAUUUAAUUGCUUUACAGAGGAGUAUUUUCUUUUAACAGAAUUUGAGUUUCUGCCAUGGUGUUUCACUGGAUAAUCCAUGAUUAGUUAUUUGUCCUCGGAAAUGCCACUGCCAUCUGGAUACAAAAGGCCCGCAUGACUAAGCCUUGUGUUCCUUUUGUGUGAGACAUCCAAGUCCAAACUCCAAUCUGUCUCAGAUGUCCAAGGUCCCAGCUCCGUUCCUUCUGUGGCUUGUGCUGGAACGUGCGUGUGCAGAACGCCUUGGCAAUCCUCGCCGAACACGCUGCUUUUCAUCUUGCAAACAGCUCAGCUUUCGUAAUUCAAUUAGGGAACUGAAAAACUAGCGUACGGUGGGGAGCUGCUAUGAUACAUAAUUACGAUGCUUAGAUUUCUUUAGAAUGGCAGCCAACAUUGAAGACCCCUAAUGAUUUCCUUUCACGUAUUACUUAGCUACAGUCCCAUGUUAUUCCAGCGAGAGACUACAGGCCAUUAAAUAAAAGCUUGGAAAUGUCUCAGCCCCUGGCAUUCUUAGCACACAAAAAGAGUAGAUCUAGGGCCAGAUUAGGAUCUGGGUUCUGGCUUCAGUGUCACUCCAUUAGGAUCAUUCUGGAUUUGAUUAGAUUUAUUUUGAGAGCAGACAUCCUUUAUCUGAGGACUUCCAUCCUAAACCAGAAGUGAAGUUCUGGUACGCAGCCAUCAGCUGAAAAAAUGCUGAUGUUCUCCAUGCUCACUUGACUCUCUGCUUCUUGGGCCUUACUGAACGUUUGCCUUUAUAAAGCUAUUUAUUAGAGACUUUCUGUGAGGCUAAAUGGUUAAUGAAUUAAAUUAACUCUGUAGGGGGGAAGGCAGGCUGCACGCACACACUCACUACUGACUCAACUCCAAGAUGCUAUUUACAUCUACUGAUCAUAAAUGAUUUUAUUCUUUUUUUCUAAAUUAAAAAUAGAAUCUAUUAAUAAACAGAACCACAAACGGGUAAUAUAUUGACAGAUGGUUUUAUACUUGACUUUGGGGAAAAAUUACCAUGAAAAUAGCAGAUGACAGUGGCAUUUCAGUGACUUAAAUGGAAGGGAGGACUCGGGGAAUCAGAUGCGAUAGCUGGAGAGAGCUUCCAAUAAAGGCAAAGCAUCCUCUGCCGCGAUCGCAGUGGCACGUGGGCAGCUCACAGGCCGAUCUGGCAGCCGAAUGUCACCAAAUGUCAAGUUGUUGUUUACAGACCAGGGACCAAACUGACACACUGGAGCACCUUGAGUGAAGACAGCUGAUUUAAUCCACUGAACUGGUGGUUUCUGUCCUAUCCUAACAGACCCAAGCUCUGCUCCAGAAAAAAUCUGCCUCUUGGAAGAAAAACUGCUCUACUAGCAAUAAGGAAGAUUAAGGAAGAAAAGGUUAGGAGGUGAAUUUUACCUUUCUCUUGAGCCAUCUCCUGCAGGCAGAAGUAAAUGACUCUUGCACCCAGACUGAAGCCAAUUAGUGUGACAGGUCGCUUGCCCUAAGAAAGAGGGAAAUGAGGAAACACCAUCAAAUACCGUUACACAUCAAUACCUGGGACGCAAAGCACUGGGGCUUGUGCAUGAUCUUUUAAACGUUUGAGCAAUUUGGCUGAUUUCUAAGGGAUUAUGUAUCGCUAAAGCUACGAACAGUUCAACAUUCAGAAUUCUGCAUAUCUAUUUUGUGUUUUUUGAUUCUCAGAAAACCAACUGAAAGGAUCCAGUGAUCCGAAGUUACAGCAAAGCAGAUGUUUCAAACACAAACAAACCAGAUGCUGCCAUUGUUUUGAAAUUUCCAAAUAAAAGCCUAAUUCACGGAUCAAAAACUUUCCUAGAAAUGUUUCGAUAAAGAGAAGAAGCAGCUGUCAUACAAAAAUAUCGACCACUUCUUGAUUCAACAUGAAUGACAGCAGCACUGUGUGGCUGUUAUAAAAAAUGAUGUGGGGUAAGCUUUUCUUGUGAAUAGCCUAAUAAGAUUUUCUAUAAGAUCAAAGGGAGCUUAAUCUCAACAACAACGACAAAUGAUCUCUGUAUUAACCGGGCAGCAGGUGUGCAAUGGACUCCAUACACAUGACAUUGAGUAGUUUUAGACGUUCUGACACACUGGCAUGUGUUUUCACUUCUCUGUGGGCAAAAACACGGCCCACGGUGCAUCUAAUGUUGCACAAUCACCUCUUACAUUAUUUUGCUGGUGCCUUUUAAGUAUCAGUGAAUAUUUUAACACUCUCUAUUCUCUUUUCACCUAUCUUUGCUUUCUGUUCCCAAAUUUGCACUAGGUGAGUUGGCCUGGCUGUUUAAUGACAUGGUCAAGCCACUUGUCAUUUAUGCCCCGGAUCAUUUCUUCUUCGUUUAGAAAAGCUUUAGGUUAAAUGGAAUGAAUCUUGGCAGGAAUUCUCUGAUUCACUUGGGACUUAUUUUUCUGCAAUGAACCAGAUGCACGUUGGUCACCUUCAUGCAUCUUUUUUUUAUUUUUCAGUUUAUUAUUGAUUUGCUUCUCCCUGGAAGGAUGCCACUUAAUAGUUAACUAGCGUGCCUACAAAACUUUGCCUUCAUGGGCCAAAUCCCUUCCGUAUGUUAUUCUUGGAUAAUAUCUAGGCGAUUACCUGUUGUCGACUGAGCAGGAUAUGUGCUAGGUGUUUGCCUACUUCAGCAGAGCGAUGGAGACACACUCCCCAGGGGUUGUCAAUGACACUGGCAACAGUCAAGAGCGACGUUGGCCACGUCAAGGCCGUCACAAUACCUGCGAGACACAAAGCAAACAGCACAGCACAGUCACAAACCCGGGCUGCUCUUAGGAAACACCAAAAGCAAGAUGGUUCACUGAAGUUAAAAGCUAAACCUGAGACCUUUUGCCAUUUCCAGUUCUUCUUUCUCAAGAGCUGAUCUGAGAAAUGCUUUGCUAGGCUAAAGAUAAGAAGGAAUCUGAUGUUCUGAUACAGAGGCAAACAGACACUAUACAUGAAUGUAACCUGCAUGUUAAAGGUUUGUGUAAAGCAGUAAAACAGUGUAAUAACAUAGAGAAAUAAACACAGUGACGUGUGAAGGAAGGUGUUUCCAGCUGUAAUUUUAAAAGAACAAGUCAAUGACACAGAGGCACAGCAAUCCAGGAAAGCAAAUCUAAAUUACAGGUGUGGCAGAGAAGGUUCUCAGGCCAGUUCUGCAGGGCGGUGCCAAUCCUGCCAGAAAUCUCCUGUGUUUGCUCAGAAAUCUUCUGUGUUUAGGAAAGCUUCUUUAAACAGAAACCAACAGUCAAACUGCACAAGAGCCGCUCAGGCAGAUCAGAGACGAUUUAGGUUCUUACCUGACAAGACAGUGAAUUUUAAGGCUUCUUGAGCCAUCAUGUUGACAAAACCAUUCAGCAGGGAAUCUAAGGCGUUGCCGAGCUCCAUCAAGUACUUGGAUUCCCAGGCCAGGCAAUACUGCUCACUCGAUCGCAACAUGCUGCUCCACGGUGCUGUGAAGCUCCCUGGGAAAGGUUGCAAAGAUGCAAUUCAUGUUCAGAGAAAACACAACCAUGUCUUACUCCUGGCAAGAUGAGUCCAGCAAAGACUCAGAAAAGAACCAGCAGGACACUGGAAUAUACUUAUACUGUAAAAUCAGGAAUUAUAUUUUAAAAUACUGUUAGAUUUAGACUCUGUAUUUCCACUGUUUUAUAAUAAAUUUGGGGGUUGUAAAUCAUGCCACAGCUUCGUCUGCCUUGACAAAGGAUCUUCAGUGUGGACAGGCUCGGAGUUCAUGACCUGUUUCAUUGCCCCAAAGGCUGCCAAGACAGAUGGGUAUUAAUACUAAUAGUAGGUAUUGAGGAUGUUCCUCCCAGCAUCAGCCAACAGGCCAAGUCCUGCAGCUCCAUCUUCUCAUACAGACCCAAGGAGGGCCGGUCCUGAGAAAUUUUUAAGCCAUGUUCUUUCUCCUGUUUGUGGUUUUGCUUUUUUAAACAUGACAGCAGAUUGCUAGUUAUGGAAGAAGAAUGUGUGUCAUUUUUAACUCCCUUUUAAGGGCAAACGGACAAAAAAAGGUUCCUGAAGGGACACACUUGUCUUUGGAACAGUGCCUGGGAGCCCUCCAAGCCCGAGGAUUUCGACCCCUGGUGAGCAGACAAUGAGAAAAGCCGAAGCGCUGUAAUGCAAAGUGAAAAUAACCUUAGUCUGACAGCAAGCUGCAACCUAACAAACAACAACCUUUUGCAUUAAUGAUAGCCAGUGUUAAUUAUGACACUUCUGAAUAAAUUGGCAGCUCUUCAGUCAGGUUGCUGAACACAUCAGCAGACAGUUGAGAUAUUUUAUAUGACAAGCUAUACUGGAAACUAAAACAGUACGGACUUUUCAAGGGUGCUGCCUCUAAGUUCACCUCUCGAAUGCUGUGCUUAACAGGAUUUACUUGACAGAACUUUCUUGCCAAUAAACCUCAUUAUCUGGCAGAUACCCAGAAGGAAAAAGACACUAUUUUCUGUUAAUUGCUGGAGGAUAAACAUAAGGUCUCAGAGAUAAGUGAGACACUUUGUACUACUGCUGGAAAUCAUCCACCCCAAACACACCUUUCCUAGCAAAAUCAGACAGCAUUUAUUAACAUUUAUUAAUCUGCUAUGAUUACUGCCAAUCCUGCUAUCACUACAACCAAUUUACUGCCCUCUCUCCUUCCUCUGUUGUGAUUGGGACUGUAGACUGGGUUGCAAAAUCUUAUGUUGAGAGUUGAUGUGUUUUAGUUACCAGGCUAUGCAAGUGGGGGGAAGACAGGGUGCUACAAGAGCAGACGUUUGUGCCAGGAGUGGAAGAAAGAUGCAUCUCCCCAGGCUCCGCUCGGUUUCCUCGUGUUGUUCUUACCAUACUUUCCUGCGCACAGCCAUCCAGUAAUCGCUAUGGUGAUAUGAAGCUGCUUUCCUUCAGUGAGUGGGAGGAAUUCAAACUCUUCGAUGGCUCCCACACGCUUCUUCAUCUUGUAUCCUACACACAGCAGGGCAGAAACACAAGUCUCAGAAAUCGCACAGCAAGGACAGACUCUGCUAAUAGUAGAAGUUCCUAAGAAAUUAUUUGGGUCAUUUGGAUAGUUUUGUGGUGUUUUUUCCUUUCCAAAACCCUCAGCGAGUCUGUGCAUUACUUAGAGCCUGGUACGGAGCCAACGUGAUUCUUCUGGGCUUGUGUGAUCCAAGGGAAUCCCAGCAGAAAGCUUUUCUUGCUGCAGACCUGACAUCAGCUGCAACAGCCGCUGCUCUCCAUGGCAGCAUCUUUCUAAGCUACAUCCCAAAUACUCUUUUCCUACAUGGUCAUCAGGGGUUACACAGCAUCUCGAUCAGCAUUGAAAUUAAAUUUCACAGUUGUGGGAUUACACCUCACAUUGCUUCCCUUGCUCUGCAGAGCUCAGUUAAGUCAUGAGCUCUGCAUUUACAGGCAAGAUCCUGUGCCUCGGGAGCUCAGAAAUGUGCCGUUGCUCUCUCACCGGUAAGGCCGGCUCCAGCCGCUCCGAAAAGCGAUGCCAUGACAGCAAUUCCAGCGGUCGAACCUAAAGCGGCUGCUCCAGCGCUCCCGAUGAUAGUAGCAGCUCCCGCAGCAACCAGAGGGGCAGCGAGACCCCCCGUCAAGCCUGAAGAUGCAACAAGUAACAUCACCAAACUAUUUAUCACCUUCAAAAUCUAGGCAGUUGUUUCCCUGUGCUGUGUGAGGGCUGCUAAUGCUACUGGAAAGGUACAAAUUAUGGUCCUUUUUUGCACCACCAAUAAAGGGGCUUUCUGAGACCCUCUCCUGGCCCUGGAUCUCUGCACAGAUUCUUUGACUACUUCAGUAAAAAUGAAGAAUAAUUUAAAGGUCAAAGGAAGAAUGUGUGGUAGAAUGGGGGGAGCUAUGCCCUGUUUGCUUAGGAAACAUUGAUCUAGUCUCACACUAUUCUGAAUUUAGACUUGAAGACUUGAUCCUCCUAUAACAAAAGAGCAAAAGAGGAGAAAACAUUUUUUAAGGGUAACAACGUCAGUUUAAUAUUUCCCCCAGCCAGUGAAGCUACAUUGGAAUAACUUUUCCAGCUAAUUAUUUCCAUUUUAUUUUCACAUGGCUGAAAAUACUUUUCUUAGAUUUGGGGUUUCUUCUGUUGUUUGUCUGGGUUUCUCUUGUUUGUUUGGGGUGUUUUUUUGGGAUCUGAAGCGACAUGCUACACUCAGCCUGGCAAAGAAAAGCAGUGAACGCUUUAAAAUUCGAGUUUGGGCUAAAAGGUGUGAUGGGUUCUGCUGCCAAAUAUGUAAUUCAGAUACCCCCCCAGUGCUGUGCAUGCAGUUCAGGAGCAAAUGUCCCAACUGCCAGAGCAGCCUCACCUAUCACUGUUCCGCCCCCGACGGUUGCCAGACCGAUCAGCAGGUAUCUCUUCAGCUUUCUUCUUCUUUCCUUCUUUUUUCUUGAUACUUCUGCAGUUCUGCAGGGGGAUUAGAAGCGUAAAAGCUGACGGAAAAGCCUGACAGAUAACAACGCUGCAUUAGAAUCUGUUUUUAUUCUCUGCAGUGUAAUUUUCCUACUGGGAACAGUAAAAAGUUACAAGCAGGUGUGGACUGUGACAACACACUCAGAUUUAUGAGCACGGACGUAAACCCAUGGAUUUAAAUUAAAACGAUGUAAUUGCUGACAAAAGCCAACAGAUGUUACUUACUUGGAAUAUCCUUCCUAAUAGGGCUGAAGCUUGUAAAAAAAGACACAAAAAAUCAAAAGCAUUUCAAUAACUAUAUACUGCCUAUAUAGCUUAGAAAAGACCCAAGAAAGCUAAGGGGAAACAGGGAAAAGUGUUUGAAACACAAGAGAAUAGGCAUAGUUGGUGCUAACGAACAGAGGGAUGGAAUGAAACUAUUUUCCAACAACAGUGUUUACAUUUAGCUGCUUUCUAAUUGCACAUCACAAUAUAAUAAUAGAAGAGGUAUUAAACACAGUCAUCAGUUCAUUUGUCUGUGUGCAUUUAAGCUACAUUUUAACAAGCUUAUCAGAAACAGGUAAAUAAACCUGAAAGGAACAAAUAUCACUUAUUAGGCACUGCUUUUGGCUUCUGUCCACUGUCUUUGUUUUCUCUCUUACAAGAAAUACUUCCCACUUCAGAGGAAAGUGCGAGAAACAGGAUGCUGGAAUAAAUUGUUUACAGAGGAAGGUUCCUUCUAGCCUGCUAAUGCAGUAGUUAAUCUAGGCCUUUAAACAUGAGAAUGUAUCUUGCUUCCAAACUUGGAUAUUUUCCCUUUUAAUCCUAGCUUAAUUGUGGAUUUUCAUUAUCCAUAUAAUUGCCUAAUCCUUCCUGGAACCCCCUAAGCGCACCGUAAUUUUGAUAAAGACAGUUUUAGAUGAGUCCCAAACAAUACGCAGCUUUGUAAAACGCAGCAGGAGGAGAAUGAAGCACAGUGGGUGAAAUCCCCGCGCCGUUCAAGUCAACAGCAGAACUCCCAUUGAGUUGCACAGCACGGAGGCUUUGCUUCCACAGAAAUCUUCCAAAAAAGAUCGUGUAUUACCUGCCGCAGAAGCAAUUGUAGCCAAGAACAACAGCGCUGCCUGCAAUGGCUGCAUCUUCAGCAUUUUCUGUGUAACCAAGCUCAGUUUCUACAAACCCACGCUCAAGGCGGUAUUUGGAUAUGCCCCGGAUUGUGCCUGCAGUCACCAACCUGAAUGAUCAGCUUCAGGAAAACAUUCCUCCAGGUGUUCUUUAAACCAGCCCUACAGUCUGACUGUUCAUACCUACGUUGGCAAUAUCCAGCAAUUUCUGUUCUACAUAGUGGUUCAUCAGCUUUUAUAGUCAACGUGUUGUCACCUCGCACUGAAAAUAACGACAUCGAGAGAGCUGAAAUACGGCUAACCUGGCUCUAGUUGCAAUAACAAGCAAUUUGAGUUAUGUCGGUAGGAAGAUAGUUUGCAGCUAAAGCCUUCCUGAAGAUGCAGUGAGUAAAACUACUGUCAUGAGAACUUUUCCAUGUCGUUGCUCUCCUUCCGUAGCUGUAGCAACUGCUUUUGACAGUUGCUUUCCUAAUAGCUUCUGCAUUGCAAUUAUCACUUGAUUACCAGACUGCGCUUUUUUUCCACUAUGGUAAUUAACUGCCUUUUCUGGUAAUUCUUUACCCUUAGUGAUCUUGGAUAUGCAGCUCCUUGCCUGAACCACAAAUUAUCUUCAGAGGAAUUUUAUAGGUGGAAUGACAGGUCAUUUUCCAAUGAUGAAAAGUGUCAGAAGGCAGGUUGGCGAGCAAAUGAUGUCAUAUUUUCCAGUUUCUCACAGAAAGAGAGUUUCACGCCUGCAGGUCAGAACAUUUUCGGUGCUGGUUAAGAUGGAUUUAAGUAUUUGGAGCUUUUUUCUAUAGAUGUCCAUAUGUAUAUUUAACCUUGCACAUUCUGAGCCACAGGCCAAAACACAGCAACAAAAGUGGGAGCAAAACCUUCUGUUAACAAAUAUCAGUAAAAACCGCCUAUGCAGAAGCUGCCAAAACCCUGUGUUAUUGUUCUAAAACCUCUUGCAGUGGAUGGUCAAAGCUGGAAGCAUCCUAAGCAGAUGCUGAUGUGUUCCCUGCCCCCAAAAAUCUGUGAGGUCAAAGCGGUGACAGGUUUAUAUUCCACUUCUUUUCCCCAUUGACUCCUAACUUUAAAACAAAUCAAGGGUCAUCAGUUCUCCACAAAUCUCAGCCCUGUUUUAGCCACGCAAUAACAAAUGUGUUCACACAGCAGUCUGGGACUACUCUCACUAUAUUGUUUUUCUCUUUUCUCUAAUAGGUAUUUACUUCCAUGGCUGCAACCACCGGAUAGACACGCUUUUAAUAAUGCAGCAAAAUCUUCCAGUUGUUCUUGCCUUUAUCAGACACGCUGCUGGUCUUUUUGGGUUGUGCUGCAGGAGCCACAAGUCCAGUUGAUGCAGAAUUAGCUCUCAAGCAGAGAUUCCUCCAGGACUUCCAGCUCCUCCAAGGGGACUCUCAGCAGCCAGGUGAUGUGGCAGAUCAACACCCUUGCUCGAGCAUCGUAGUACCCUUAAACAGAGGGAAGCCCAGGAAAUCAAUCAGUCGGCAUCACGGCCGAUUAAACAGUGAGCAGUGCACUCAGCUGUGCUGCAGGACCCUGUCCCACACAAGCAAAGCCCCUUCCCUCAGGCCCUCUUCAUCUUCUGUGUGUUUGAAGACAAUUCCUUUAUCUAGAGGAGAGCGUGACAAAUGGAAAAUCCUUAAUCCCUGCAAACUUCAUCCUGUGAACAGAGUCACUGCACCAGGCAACAAGCGAUCUGCCAGGAGCUUUGUUAGGCUGAGAUUUUCGUAACAGCUUCACUGCCUUCCUAAAGGAGGAGGUAGCCUGCACCCCUGGAAACACAGGAUACAAACCAGAACUUCCCUACCAUCACUUUUUGCAUGCCAACACACGCCAUGAAGUUAAGGAGGUGAAGAGCUGUUCGAUUUUUAACAGAAAGUGGCACUUUUGACAACCGCUGAGGACACCAGCCCUCGGCAGCUUGGGGAACGCCGACAUCGCCCUCUCCUCAGGGAACAGCCUGAGCAGAACGUCUCGCCCGCUCACCCCCUCCGCCCGCGGAGCUGCACCCCAGCCGUGCCCAGCCCCUCUCCCCCCAGCCCCCGCCCGGACCCGACCUGUUGCCGGUCGGGCCUCGCACAGAGCAGCCGCGCUCCUUCCGCCGCCGCCGCCCGCCCCUUCCCUUCCCCUCCCCUCCCUUCCCGUCCCAUCCCGUCCUGUCUGUCCUUCCCGCCGCCACUACGCAAUCGGUGUACGGCUGGCGCGCUGCGCUGGGCGCUCUUGGGCUCCCCUACGCGAUCGGCGUAGCGAGCCUCCAACAUGUCACCUCAUCACUAUGAAGCUGGGAGCUGGCUGCUUAAGGAAUACAACUUCGUUGGCCUUUUCUCCAUAAACCUAAUUGCUCCUUCGGAGGUUUGCAUUGUCAUCGAGCCUUAUCUUGUCAGAGGAGAAUCAACAGCUGUUAUAAAGAUAUCGGCUUCUAGGGCCUAAUGACUCCCACCAACAUCCGUGAACUCUGAAUCAGCAGAUUGUUCAACAUUUCAGUUGAACUGCUGAACGCAAGUUUGGAAGGUGCUGAUACAAAGCGGUGGGGGUGGAGACGUGGGCUUGCAGGGCUGAUAAUCUUACCGUCUGGAUCCAUAGGGGUUUGUUCGGAGGGCCAGUCUCUCACUGGUGAUGGCACAGCACGCCUGCUUCUUUCCCACUGGUGCGUGCUGCCUUGAGGAGGCCCUUGUCUGUUGACCAUUUUUGUGAUAAUUGAUGUAAUAAAAUUGGAUGCACCCUUUUGGAGAGUCAGGGUGAUGGGUUACAACCCAAUUUUCCCUGUUCACGUUGAUUCUCUGGUUUAAUUUGGUCACAUCCACAUGCUGACAAGCCCACAUGGGCUGGCCAGGCUCCAUUGUGAGUGAUACUGCAGACAAAGGACGCUGCGUUUAAAAUCUUCAUUACAUUUCUUGACUGAUGAUAGCAAACAGAUACUGGGUACAACUUCUACACCCUUCUGGAGUUAGAGGUGUUGGGUAUUGUGCUUGUUCUCUUCUCCUCUUAGGCAAAAUUCCCCAAGUUUAAUUUUUUUUUUUUUUUUUUUUUUUUUUAAUUGGGAUUGUUUUAUGGCUCUAGUCCAGUUCAUCUUUGUCAUCUUAUCAUUAGGACAGUCUGUUUCUUCCUUACUAUCUGAUCGUUUGAAUGAGAUCAGUGUUCUGCAGCAAUUAGCACGUGAUUAGUUAUCUACUAGAUAUCUAAUCUGAUGCCUUCAUGCAUGCUAGAUUCAGGCCAAUAUCUAUAUAUUUGUUACACACCUUCACCGUACCAGUCACUCGUUGGUGCUAGUGAAGGGAACUUGACAGGAAAGUUGUCUAUGAGCUGAAAGACUUGACGAGAGUUUCUGGAAUUAUUUCCAGUCCAGCUGAAUAUCUGGUCUGGUCUUUUUGUAUUUGGAAUAAUACAGUAUUUGGAUUUAAAA